UAUAACACAUUUGGUAUUAUAACUGAUAAAAAUAAUAAAUUUUAUGUUAAAAUGAAAAAGAAAGAUAUUAAAGAUCCAAAAAGAACCAUUGCAUCACCAUCAGAAUCAAAACCAUAUCCCACAUUUGAAAAUCGUUUCGGAUAUCUAAAUAAACCAAGGACAGAUGAUACGUACAAAUCUUUUACAUAUUUACGAAAACAUAUUUGUCCAGAAAGACAAUUAUCAUCACCGGCAGAUUUAGUACACAAUCCAAUAGUCUUGAAACAUAAAGAAAUCGAAGCAUUUAAACCGAAUAUACCCACACCUGAACCGAAUAUAUAUUUACCUUCAAUUUUAACUGAAUGUGAUUUAUUAAAACUGAUUAAUGCAGAAGAUGUGCAGAGUGUUAAGAAAAUAUUUGAUAAUAUUCUAGUAAAAGAAUUUUCAAACGAACAACCUCGUCAAGUUCUAACGGAUUUAUUGUCGAACAUUUUUUGUCCUCCACGAUGUGCCCGAAUAUUUUCACCAUAUGAAGGACAGAAAAGUUUGUUACUAUUUUGUAAACUAUAUCUACGACAUUUACCACUAAUUAGAGUACUUUGUGUACCAAUACACAAAUUGGAAAUGAAUCCACAAAACUACCCGAACCAUCCAUUAUUAAUCGAAAAAUAA